CGAGGCGAGAAGACUCCAUUUCCCAGAAUACCUGCAAUUGGCUUCACGCAGUCUUGGCCCCGCCCCCUAUGGCAGGCCCAGGGCAUGCUGGGAAUACGGUGCGCAAGCGCAGUUUCCUAGCAGGAGCCGGGUGAGUGGGAAGGGGAGUCAGUGCGCAAGCGCAUCCAGGCUUCUAGGGCGGCUCCACAGUCCUACCUUUCUGCGUUGCCCAAGGCUGGUCCCUACGUGGCUUGUCGGGCGUAUGGACGUGUGCGUGGUCGUGUUUGUGCGUGAAGAGGAGGGCCUGGGGAUGUCCGAGAGUGUGUGACGGGAGGAGGCCGCAGCCCCAAAAUUCACUCUUGUUAGCGCCCCCGGGACGUGAAGGAAACGUGAAAUUGGCAAAGUUGUCCCGCUCGUGGGGUCUUGCAGGGGCCAUCCUGCCCCCGCCCCCAGCGGAGUUCAGGGCAGGGCAAGGGUCACCCCGAGAACACCUCCCCCGUCGCCCUGCACCCAGAGAGCUCCCUUCACCUCCUGCCCUGGCAUCCCUUCCCCCACUUCUGCACCCCUCCCCCCUCCAUAUCCUGGGGAUCCAGUGACAUGGCCUCCCUGCUGUUCCUCUUUUGAGACGUCUGCCUCUGCAUUUUCCCAGGCUCCCCCGCCCUCCUCCCCAAUUCUUGACAGCGUUCUCUCCUCUAGUCUCUGCUUCCUGUUUUCACUGAUCUUCCAGAAGCUUUCCUGGGGCCUCCCCGGCAUUUUCCUACAAUUUACAUAUUUUGUGGGUAGGAAACUGACAUUGAUUAGGGACCUACUACGUGCCAGGCACAUGCGCUGUACAAAUAUCCUCAGCAGAGCCUAACAAUAAGUUAGGCCACCCUUUUAGAGUAGAGAAAACAGGCAGGCUCUGGAAGUGUCUAAGGCCACAUUCGAACUCCAGACCCAGCACUAUCCACUCCGCCUGCUGCUUCUGGGUACAGAUAUAGUUCAGCUGACUGAUCCACUCUGCUCCUGUGCCUGGAUGAUGUGUGUCAAUCCAUGCCCUACAACCCCAUACUUCAACCCACCAAGAUCCCUUUUCCUUCUGGAAACCAUCCCUGCGCAUGCAAGUCCCAGGCCAGCUUCCCACCUCAGAAGAGAAGACAAAGACAAAGUCUCCCUGCUCUGUGAUCCUCUUCCCCCCUCAACUCAGACUGUGGAGGACCAGUGCCUGGAACCAGAGAGAAUGGCCCCUGGGACCCCAAGGUUCUUAGCCCUGAACAUACAGUACAUGCAUGCCAGCUUCUCAAAAAUUCUCCAGGAACGGGUGACGUUCCAGGAUGUGGCUGUGGAUUUCACCGAGGAGGAGUGGCGCCUGUUGGGCCAUUCUCAGAAAGAGCUGUACAAGGAGGUCAUGUUGGAGAAUGUGCAGAAUCUACUCUCUGUGGGGCUUCCAGUGGCCAGAGAAGAUAUGAUCUAUUUUCAGGAAGGGGAAACACCAUGGAUUUUGGAGCAAAAAGGCCCAAGGAACUCUCAUCCAGUUGCAGUGACUAGCUUUGAAAUGAAUGAGACCACUACAAACCUGAACAUUUCCAUGGAAGACUCUUGCCAGCCUACAUCUAUGAGUGAUGGUCCCUAUGACUUCAUUUUGAGAGAAAUCUGUGACUCCGAUAAAAAUCCAAGAAAUCCCUGUCAGUUUAAUGAAAUGGAAAAAAACUUGACACAAUAUUCAGCCUUAAAUCAUUGUAAGAAAAUUACCUCAAGGAAUGACUGUUCUCAGUACAGUAAAUACAGAGAAUGCUUUACUGAACAGGUAGAGCUUAUUCAGUCCCAUGAGAAUCCUCCAGAAUUACAAGAAUAUCAAGAUAAUCAAUGGGAAAUGACCUUCAGCUUGAAUUCUGACCUCAAUCGACCUCAGAAAAGUUUUCCUGGAAAAAAGCUUUCCAUAUGUAAUGAAGGCAAAAAGACCUUCAGCCAGGACUCUAAGAUCAUUAGACAUCAGAAAUUUCGCACUCAAAAGAAACCUUGUGAGUGUAAUGAAGGUGCAGCAACUGUAAACCAUUAUUCAACUCUUCCUUACCAUCCUAAAUUUCCUCCUGGAAUGAAAAUAUAUGCCUGUACUCAGUGUGGGAAGACCUUUCAUUGGAACUCAGAUCUUGUGAGACAUCAGAAGAUUCAUGCUGAAGAUAAACCUUAUAAAUGUAAUGAAUGUGGGAAGUCUUUCUGCUACAGAUCACUUCUUAUUGGCCAUCAGAGAAUACACACUGGGGAGAAACCUUAUGAAUGUAAUGAAUGUGGCAAGGCCUUCUGCUACAGAUCACUCCUUGUUGGCCACCAGAGAAUUCACACUGGAGAGAAACCUUACAAAUGUAGUCAGUGUGGAAAAGCUUUCCAAAGCAGCUCCCGUCUUACUUCCCAUCAGAGAAUCCACACUGGAGAGAAGCCUUAUGAAUGUAAUCAGUGUGGCAAAGCUUUCACACAGAGCUCACAUCUUGUUACCCAUCAGAGAAUCCACACUGGAGAGAAACCUUAUGAAUGUAAUCAGUGUGGAAAGGCUUUCAGAUUCCGCUCUGGUCUUGCUUCCCAUCAGAGAAUCCACACUGGAGAAAAACCUUAUGAAUGUAAUCAAUGUGGCAAAGCUUUCCAAAGUAGCUCCCGUCUUGCUUGCCAUCAGAGAAUCCAUACUGGAGAGAAACCGUAUGAAUGUAAUCAGUGUGGAAAGGCUUUCACCCAGAGCUCCCAUCUUGGUAUACAUCAGAGAAUCCACACUGGAGAGAAACCUUAUGAAUGUAAUCAGUGUGGAAAGGCUUUCAGAUUCCGCUCUGGUCUUGCAACACAUCAAAGAAUCCACACUGGGGAGAAACCUUAUGAAUGUAAUCAAUGUGGAAAGGCUUUCCAGUGUAGUUCCAGUCUUGCAAAACAUCAGAGAAUCCACACUGGAGAGAGACCUUAUGAAUGUAAUCAGUGUGGAAAAGCUUUCAGAUGCAGCUCCAGUCUUGCUGCACAUCAGAGAAUCCACACUGUAGAGAAACCUUAUGAAUGUAGCCAAUGUGGAAAGGCUUUCAUAAAGAGCUCCAGUCUUGCUAUUCAUCAGAGAAUCCACACUGGAGAGAAACCUUAUAAAUGUAAUCAAUGUGGAAAAUCUUUUCAAUAUCACUCACAUCUUGUUGUCCAUCUGAGAAUCCAUACUGGAGAGAAACCUUAUGAAUGUAAUCAAUGUGGAAAAGCUUUCCAAAGCAGUUCCAGCCUUGCUACACAUCAGAGAAUUCACACUGGAGAGAGACCUUAUGAAUGUAAUCAUUGUGGAAAGGCUUUUCAGUGUAACUCCAAUCUUGCUGCCCAUCAGAGAAUCCACACUGGAGAGAAACCUUAUGAAUGUAAACAGUGUGGAAAAGCUUUCAGAUAUCUCUCCGGUCUUGCUGUGCAUCAGAGGAUCCACAUUGGAGAGAAACCUUCUUAAUGUAAACAGUGUGGAAAGGUUUUUGUACAGAACUCCAACCUUGCUUAGCAUCAGAGAAUCCAUCUUGGGGGCAGCUGGGUGGCUCAGUGGAUUGAGAGUCAAGCCUAGGGACAGGAGGUCCUAGGUUCAAAUUUGACCUUGGACACAACCUAGCUGGGCAAGUCACUUAACCCCCAUUGCCUAGCCCUUACCACUCUUCUGCCUUAGAACCAAUAUGUAGUAUUGAUUCUAAGAUAGAAGGUAAGGGUUUAAAAAAAAACCAACCUUGAUGAAAUACUAUAAGAAUAUAAUCAGUGAAUUCAUAUUGAAUUUAGAAUAAUCAGAGAAUUCAUACUAGAUUGAAAUCCCUUUAAGGAAGGGGUUAUAAACACUUAGAUGGAGCAUUUAACUUGUUCAACAUCGGGAAAAUUAUUCUGAGAAGAAGCUCUAUAUGAACUCAAAUGUUGGAAGGCCAGAGAUCACCCCUUAUUUUACAAUGGUUAGUUGAAAAUGGAGAGAUGACUUAUGAAUGUUCCUCAAAGGAGCCCAGCACUUCUGUGGAAGAGGGAGAUCAGAAAACAAUAGACUAUUCAUAGUGGAACAAAGGCAUCUAAAGCAAUAUUUGUGGCAAAGGUUUCACCUAGAGCUCAGACUUGACUGUACAUUGGAAAAUCCAUUCUCGAUAUAAAACCAAUGAAUAUAAAUAACGAGGCAAGGUCUUCUUGAAGCUGCACAGACUUCCCAAUGUAAGAGACCUUGUUAGACAUCCCAGAUUUCAUACGGUGCCUAAAGUCCUAUAAACAUACUGACUUUUUCUCUGAAAUCCUAAUGUUUGUCAUUAUUCCUCAAUAUUUCCUAAUGUAACUUCUUCAGACAUUCCUCAGCUGGUACUCACUUUGUUUCCCAUUUGUCAGUUCAAAAGUCCUUGUAUAAACAUUUUGGUAACUAUUGCA